AUGAAACCAACCAACCAGCCAACCAGCCAACCAGCCAUCCAGCCAUCCAGCCAUCCAGCCAACAUUUUCAAAGCACAGCACGCAUUCGGAAAAGCCGGACACAACAUCAAUGAUAUCAUCGAACGCGUCCACAUUGCUCUAGAGUGGGCGGAAGAUGUUGAUGGCUUGGAGCGGGGCUUGGAGGGAUUUGGCUUAGAUGGUGAAUUAGAAAGUUGGAUGGCUUUGAAGAAAAGAAAGAAAGCGUCGUAUGAAAGCCCUCCAGAUUCCCUUUUAACUCACUACUGCGCCGCUUCAGGUAUGCUGAAAAUGCAAAUGAUUAGAUUGAUUGAUUGA